UAGGCCGUCCGCGCGCGAGGGGCGGAGCCGAACGCGACCUUUGACCCGCACACGCCAGGGACGCCUCCGGAAGUGGGCGCGGCGUCGGUCUCCGGGAUCCCGCGGUCGCCUUGACGACUGCCACGCUUUGGAAGCAGGCAAAGAGGAGGAGCUGGAAUCUGCGAGUAUGAGGAGCCUAUGUCUAUGUCAAAUCUGCACCUGCGGGCGGCAUCAUUGUCCACAUGGAACCACAAGGAUUUAUGAAAGUUCUGGAAUGUAUUGCCCCACAACUGAAUAUUCGGAAAAAUAUCCUGUGUAUGGCAAUGUUCUACCAUCACAGAGUCUUAAACCCAAGCAAGAAAUUCGAGCAUGCCGUGGUAAAAUGGAAGGAAUCACUACAUUUAAAUCAGAUUAUCGUCCUUAUGAAAUAGUGAAACAACUUCGCCACAUGCCAGAAGAAUAUAAACCAAAACAAGGAAAGAUUGAUCUUGGCACUACCUACAAAAGAGAUUUUACUUCUUAUAAAGUGCAGCCUGUGGCAAUGCUUCGGCCUUUGGAAAGGCAGCAAGUUAAAAAAGGAAAGUUGGACACUGUCCCAACCUAUAAAGAUGAUUAUAGAUCUUGGGACAUUAAAAAAAAUGACCCCUAUAAACCAGAACAAAUUUACCAACCCCCAACUGUGAAAUUUGGAAACUCAACUACAUUUCAGGAUGACUAUGUUCCUCGGGAGACAAAGCCCAGGGAAAGCUUUAAACCUUCUGUGGUCAGACGUUCAACAGCACCUUUUAAUGGUGAUACGAGUCAUCGCCUUGCCUAUAUACCUCAUCAGCUAGAAGUCAAGUUUGUAAGGCCAAAAGAAGUUUACAAGCCAACUGACCUGCCUUUUGAGAAACUCACCACUCACCGGAAUGACUUUCAGGGUCUUGUUGGUAAAACUGCAAAACUGUGCAGACCAGCCUACACCGGAGUGGCCCACAGUGCUCACUUUGAAGGAAGCACUGAAUUCCGUGAAAGUUUCCAACCAUGGGAAAUCCCACCACCUGAAGUCAAGAAAGUAGCAGAGUAUGUGCCCCCUACAGGGAGCAUGCAGUUACACAGCACAAGCCAUCUCGACUACAUUCCUUAUCAGGCCAGCCGUGUUGUUCCCACCAGGCCAGUUUCUCACAGAAGAAAAAACAAUUUUCCAUUCCAAGGAAAAAGCACCAUGAAGGAAGAUUUUCCAGCAUGGGAAAGUUGUCGUCCAGGACUUAUUAAGCAAGAGCAGCAGAUUCCCAACCCAUCUGGAAAAUUUGAUGGUUUGAGCACUUCCAGAUCUCACUAUGUGCCACAUGAACUGAUUCCAACUGAGAGUUGCAAACCUUUAAAUGCAGCCUUGAAGAGUUCUGUUCCAUUUGAUGAUGUCACCCUGUACUCCAUAGAGUAUGCUCCGAAGAAACAGGAAAUCUGCCCAGCUAGCUAUCCCACUCCUCCAGGUUAUAUAUUUGAAAAUACAAAUUUCCAAGGUCAUAAAUUCUUCCGCAAGAUCACCCCUACAGUGAAGGCUUUCUAAUAAUCAAAUUGUGUUUAAAAAGAAGCUACAUAACAAGGCAUUGAUUUUCCAAAGGAAACCUCAAAUUUAAUAGUGAAAAAAAUCAUGAGAGAUAUGUUUAGCUUUUUAAACUAAAUUGGAAAAUGUACCAUAGGAGUUAAGGGCUUAAAAUUGAU